AUGGAGGGGCAAGCAGUAAAGGCGACAAAGUACACGGUGAGAUUGCGGAUUGGAGCAGGGCAGAAGAAUUUCCAAGGCGAGGCUGAUGUGCAGGUGCAGGUGCCUGCUGGGCUGCGGCGAAUUGAGCUGCACGCUGCGGAGCUAGCAGUUGUGCGGGCGGCGCUCGGCGAUACGCCGUUGAAGGUGCGGUACGAGCGGGAGCGGGAGCGGUGUGUGCUGGAGGCGGACCAGGAGCUGGCUGGCGGCGCGGGUAAGCUGCAGCUUGCGUGGGUGGGGAAGGUCGGCCAAAUCGGGACGUUUCGGGAUGCGACGCAAGGCGUAUUUCGCACGAACGUAAUGAGCGAGACGACAGGCCGCUGCGAUGCGCAGGUUGUUGCGACGCACAUGCAGCCGACGCUGGCGCGCAGGGUGCUUCCGUGCUUCGACGAGCCGGUAGCGAAAGCGAUCUUUCAGCUGGAGGUCACGUGCCCGGAGCAGUUCAAGGUGGUGAGCAACGCCGAAGUGGAGGCGCGGGAGUGUGACGCCUCGGGGAUGCAGACAGUGUGGUUUCGGGAGACACCGCGGAUGACUCCAUCGCUCUUUGGCUUCUGCCUUGGGGAUCUGGACUUCCUGCAGACAGAAGCGCGCAGCGAGCUGACUGGGCAGACAGUCGCGCUGCGGGUCUUCUCACCGCAGCGUAUCCAGGAUGCUGCUUUUGGCCUGGAUGUCCUCCGUGAAUACUUGCCGCGGGUAGAGAGCUGGUUUGGCAAUCCGUACCCUUUGAAGAAACUUGAUCUGGUGCUGCUGCCUUUCCUUUCGGAUCUUGCAAUGGAGAAUUUUGGAAUGAUCACUGUGCAGAUGACCCAUCUGCUUCUAACUCCUAAUCAGCUUGGCGGUCAGAGGCGCACUCAGGCCAUACAACUUUUGUUACACGAGCUGGUGCACCAAUGGAUGGGGAACUAUAUCAGUUUUGAGGCUUGGGAGCAUCUAUGGUUUAAUGAGGCAUUUGCGACGUGGCUAGCCUGCAGUCUGUGCGAGGGCGAACAGUCGUACUGGCUUGAUGAGGAAUGGCUGGGACAAUGGGAGGAUAUUAUCGAAAAGGAUGCGAAGCCGGAGGUCAAGAGUAUUGUGGAUCUAUCUCGCCCGUCCGCAGUAUUGCGUAGCACUUCCGAUAUCUUCAAUGCUCACACGUAUAACAAAGGUAUUGCCCUGCUCAGGGCAUUGAGCGAAAUGGUCGGGAAACAAAAGUUCCAGGAGGGUGUUCGCAGUUUAUUUAAAGCGCCCAAACUAUUUCACGAGCAAGCUGUUACGCCAAUGGACUUAUUCGAAUAUAUGCAAGAAAUACUGGGACUUCAGAGAGUGAUCGAGUUUGUGACAUCGUGGACACAGACUCCUGGAGUGCCAAUUCUGCAUGUGAGUAUCGAUCAAGAUGGCGAUACCAUCGUUGAACAGCAUAGGUAUUCGGACGUCACAGAUAAUGAUCCGAUCUUUCACAUUCCUCUGAUGAUUAGGGACCAAGAAGGAAAAUUUCUUUUGGAUUGCCCUUACAUGGACCAUCGGAAGAUUAGUCUAACAGGCCUCAAUCCGUUAUUUUUAAACGCUGAUUCGAAAGGUCUCUAUCGUGUCUCAUAUGAGUCCUUAGCUUGUUAUGAAAAAUUAAAGAAAGGCAUCACAGAGGGCAAGUUAUCCUCUACUGAUCUCUACCGCUUUUUUACUGAUAUUGAUGCUAUCAUUGGUAGUCGGUAUCAGAAACCAAUUCAUCUACAGGGACUGCAUUCUGUCCUUGCUCAUAUGGCUGUCCUGGGCGUGGACAUUGGUAACUACUUCCACGGUUUAGCCAUUGGACUACGUACACUGCAGCGGUUAGAACUCUCUUUGAUGACAUAUAGAGGAAUGCUCAGAAGUGAUUACCUCUCAACUGUUUACCAGCCGCUAUUCAAGAAAUUACAAUGGCCUGAGACGUUUCUUGUUAGUACUCACAGUCAGUGGGAGCUAGAAGUGAUGCUGCAGAUAUUGUUUGGCAUGAGGCAGGAUCCAGCAGCUUAUGAGCUCUGUGCUCGUUACUAUAAGCAUAUUUUACAGGGUCCCAACAAAAGCAUACCUAUGCAGUUAGUAGGCAGUAUCUUCGCGGUAGUUGCCGAAAACAUGACCAACGUAAAGGGCUGGAAAAAACUAUUUGGAGUUGUGAAAUCUGCCGAAGGAAUUGCAUCUCAUGUUUCUCGUCAUGAUAGCUCGUUGUCCCCUGCCUUAGAAUUGCAAAAUGUUGCCCUUGCUAACCUCUCAUUUGCUCGUAACGAAGACCUCAUCAAGAAGACAUUGAAUUUUGUUUCCACAAAUAUUGAUGCUACUGGCAUAGACAUGGCCCUAUUCGGAAUGAACUACAAUUCCAAGCAAGAAGUGAACUCCACGGCACAUGGAAAAACCAACAAACAAGUGCGUGAUCUCGUGUGGGAAUGGUACAUGCUGAACUUCCCCAAUUGGGCUCGCAAGUCUCUCAGACAAGGCGCAGAAUCGGCAGAAGCUUUGAAGAAAACCUUUGAUAGUAUAUCUAUGGUUAUCUUUCAAAUGUGGUGUGAUCAGCCUGAGAAGAUUGACAUGUAUGUCACCACCCAAACUGCGAAAUUUGGCAAACUGCUACGUCUGCAUGAAAUAUGGGCCUUGGUAAAACAGAAUGAAGAAAGUAAAGUGACGAUAUACCAAGGCAUUUUGGGCUUCUGA